GAGUGAUUGCCGUAGAUUGGGACGGCCGGCGAAUCGUCAUGGCAGCGGUGCGAGUUGGAGUACGCCAACAAGUUUUGUCGGAAGUGUUUCAUUGAACUUUGAACACAGCUCCCCUUUUUCUAAUGUGAGAAACGAAGCCUCCCGACGAUUCUCCGCUCCGAAAAUGUCCCAGGGAUGUACCGUUUCUGUGGAAGAAGUGCAGUCUUGGUGGGAAGUCCCCGCCAUAGCACACUUCUGUUCGCUGUUCAGGGCUGCGUUCAACCUUCCCGACUUUGAAAUCGAGGAAUUGGAGAAAGCUCUUUCAGAGCAGGACUUGAACUUCCUUGGGGACCUUAUUGCUUGUCUUCUGCAGGGAUGUUACCAGCGCACUGACAUUACUCACCAAGCAUUCAGCAGAUAUCUGGACGACAUCAUCAGCUUCAGGUGGGAGUUAGAAGAGGGGAAACCCAAUCCACUUCGGGAGGAGCCCUUUGAAAACUUGCCACCACGCACUCAGGUCGAACUGCUUCACCGUCUCUGCGAUUAUCGUCUGGAUGCUGCUGAUGUUUUUGACCUGCUGAAGGGCCUGGACGCAGACAGCCUGAGGGUAGAACCCCUUGGGCAAGAUGGAAAUGGAGCCCUCUACUGGUAUUUUUAUGGCACCCGUAUGUACAAAGAAGAGCUACAUAAGAGAAAAGCAGAGAAAAUCAGUGGAAAUGCAGAGUUAACUUUAACAGAAAAAAAGAAAAGAGGAAGACCACCAAAGAAGAAAAGAUUGGAAGACACCGAGCUAAGUGAGGCAGAAAGUGAAGAGAAUACAGAAAAUGGAAUGGAUGAUAUACCUCCUGCUAAAGGUGAUAAGCGGGGAACCUGGUCUCUUGUGUGUGAAUCAGAGGAACAGUGGGUUAACUUGGCAGAAACCAUAAAGGAUAAAGUGUCACCCCAAGACCGCCAUCUCUACCGUGUCAUCAGCCAGAAUUUUCUCCCCGAGAUACGCACUAUGAUAGAACACAAGGAGCGCGAGCAAAAACAGAAGCUUGAGGACCCAACUCCAUUCCGUGUAUCACAGUGUUUCUCUGAAAAAAACAACAAGCAAGAGGAGGAUGUGAAUGCUACAGGUGAGUUGGAGAAGAAAGAAGAUGAAGAGCUGGAGAGGCAAUUCUUGUUGGCCAAGCAGCGGCGAGAAGAGGAACAGCUUCAGCAGGAAAAACGACAGAGAGAGAAAAUGGAGAAGAUAAAAGCUGUGGAGGAGCGGGCAAAGAGACGGAAGAUGCGAGAGGAAAAAGCCUAUCUGCUGUCAGAAGGAAAAGCCCUUCCACCGGAACUUCUCAAUUUAGAACCGUCUUCGCCAGUCCUCAGAACACGGAGUACUAAAGAAUUCUAUGACAUGGAGGAAGACUACACAGGUUUAUACAAAGUGCUGGAGGCCUUGAAGGCUCACAAAGAUGCCUGGCCUUUCUUAGAACCUGUGGAUGACUCCUAUGCCCCCAAUUACCAUGAUAUAAUCCAGACUCCCAUGGACCUUUCCACCAUUGAAAGGAAGCUCAAUGAUGGAGAGUAUGUUGCUAAGGAGGAGUUUAUUUCUGACGUGAAGCUAAUAUUUAAAAACUGCAUUGAGUACAACGGAGAAGAUAGUGAAUAUACUGUGAUGGCAGAGUCUCUCGAACGCUGCUUUAACCGGGCCCAAUUAAAACACUUGCCAUCAGAGGAGGGUGACACUGAUGAGGAAUUCCACAUCAGCAAAGAAGACAAGGAGCGCAAGGAGAAAAAGCGUAAUCGAAGCACCAAACAUUUCGGACCUGAAAGUUUAAUCAAGGCCACUGAGGAGGUCCAUCGUAAACGAAGUGUGCCGGGAGGCAAAGGCCAAACGCCACUGGACGGUCAGGUUGGCAAGGCAGUUCGACCACGUUCACAUUGGGACUUUCCUUUGAGCCAACAACACCAGCACGAAGGAGAAAUUGGGGGAAUUUACCACCCAGGACAACAGUUACAUCAUCCUCCUGUACCCCCUGGUCCUCAUGGUCUGCGCGUUUAUGCUCAUAGAAUGGGUAUGGAUCCCCGUUUUGCUUACCCAGGUCAUAUUCCAAGGCAUGGAGACCCCAACUUGAAUCCUUUGCCUCACAACUUUAACAUGCAGCAUCACAUGAGCCAUCGGUAUUCAAUGAGCCCUGGUAGUAACCAGCAUCUUCACCAGCAGCAGCACCCUUAUAUGGGUCCAACUCAUGGCCCAUCUCUGGGCCCCCGUCCAAUGGGCCUUCAAUUUAGACCACCUCCUGAAGCUAGCAUAUACCCUUCCCACUACCGUCCAGAGUGCCAUGCAAUGCACACAACGGGGAACCGGUUAUCACGGCCUGAUGGGCCUCACCAGCACAAUUACGCAGGCUUGAGGCAUGCUGGUAUGGGACUAUCUAACAUGUGGACUAGUUUGAAUCACCAGCGUCUGGAGAGACCUAGUGGAAUUCACAUACAAGACCCUAGUGUGGUCAGCCAGCACAACAUGAGUUUUGGAGGAGUGCCACCUCCGGUGGGACAUAAACCAUGGCCAGAAGCUGCUGGAUAUCCCCAUCCACCUCCCAAUGCCCAAUAUCAAACUUGUGCAUCUGUGGUCAGUUCCCCGGGUCCCGUUCAGCAACGCCCCCCCUUAACCCACUCGGGCUCCUCCACCAAGACGCGGGUAGCCUCUAUGUUGGAAAGUCCAGAGAUGCUCGCUUUGCAGCAGCUGUCUGCCUCCUCGAGACCUCCUGUUGACUCCUCCCAUCAGGACAUGUGUCGCUUUCAACAGUCCAGGCCCCCACCAGGGCUUGGCAGCAUCCCAAAUCAUUCCUCUCAGCCACCCCCAUCCCCUGAGGUUCAGCUGCAGCGUCCUCAAGGAGACAAUGGGCCAGACAGCCAGUCUUCCCCAAAGACAGACAUUCAGCCCAAAGGAACAUCAGAAAAGAAAGUCGCUGACAAAGACAUUUCCAAUGAACUUCCUUCAUCUGACAACACUGUUUCAGUUAACCAAGAGCACCCAUCUUGUCCUAAAGCCACUCAACACCAGAGCGGGCCAGCAGAGGGCCUGCUCACCCCUCAAAGACCUCAGAAGACUGUGUCUGAACAAAAACUCGUACAUAGUGGAGCAGAGUCGCAUAUGCAGGAAGGAAAUGAACAACUUGAAAUGAAUGUUUCAGCGUCCUUGCACUUCAAUGCGAGUAAAAACAAGAGUUCUUAUCCACCCAACACUGCUCAGCAUGCACAGAGCAGUCCUCUCCAGAGCCUUGCACUUGGUCAACAAUGCGUGUCGCCAUCCUUGACUACCACAUCUGAAAGCAACUCGCCAUGUAUGAUGAAUACCCAUCAGCAUAAUGAGCUGAAUGUCCAAAAACAACAUCAGCAAUGUCCAACCCAAGAAACUGAUGGACUAGGUCUUGACCACCAUCAGAACUCUCCUCCACAGAUGAACCUGAACGCAAGACAAGUGCAAACGUCACAAAGCGUCAUUCAAAGCACACAGAGCAACUCUAUGUAUGGUAUGCCAUACAGUGCCUCACAGCGAGCCCAACCUGGAGCCCCUCAUCCAGCCCCUCUCACCUCUCUGCCCCCCAGCCACCCUACUCCACAGUUACCCUCCCAGCCAAGCCCAGCAGAGCAUGGGGAUCAAACACCCUGUGAGCCCACAAAUCGGAUGGACACAGAAGGUCCGCAUGCAAUGAAAUUUGGGGCUUCUAUUAGUGCUUCUAAACAGCAGGCAUUUAGUUCAAGCAAUCAGCGAACCCAGAAGGUGAGUAGUAAUGCGGCUAUGCAGGCAGAAAGAGUGGCAGCAUCUGUUCACAAUACAACCUUGCCUACUCAUUCCCAAGCCCAGGUGAAUGGAGUUAUGGGUCCAUACAGCAUAGAGAACCCUCCACAUCAACAGUAUAGCCAAACAAGCAUGACUAGGCCCAUUUCUCAUUCUGCUCACCAUCUUUUUCACAACCAGACCCUCAGCCCACUCCACAAUACCCAAGAUCACUCCAGCUAUCACCAGCAACAGAGAACUGCUUAUUCAUAUCACGUGUCCAGCCCUCAACUUCCCCAUGUCAACAUGUAUCCGCCGCCAUUCCCGCAGGAAUACUAUUAUAACCGACCAGAGACCCAUAACCUUGCCAGUAGUAGAGGGAGUUAUCCUCCAGAUGGUUGGCAGCGAUCUCAACAGUCCAUGCUGCCCACUACCUACCUGCCUCCAUCCAGUGGCAAAGGAAACAGUCAGGCCAAUGAUUGUUUCAUGUCACCAACAGGCUCUGAGGGAUCCAGUAGUGUGAGUGUGUUGUCUCCCAAAGCUGGGCCACUUGCUGGUGGCUUGGAGGAGAGCAAGUGGGAAGGCAGAAACAGCGGUAGUCCAAGCCCAGCAAAGCACAGUCAUACUAAGGGGAACUUGGAACAACCUGAAAGUCCAAAAGAAAUUCUUGACCUUGAUAGCCACAACGCCGCUACCCGCCAUCGUAGCAACCAGGCCCUUGCCAGCACUACGCACAUUCCUCCUGGCUUCAUGUAUGACCCUCGCACUGUGCACCUGCCAAUGCAGCCCGGCGCUGUUUCACCCUCCCGCAGUGGAGUUGGUAAUGGAGCGCUUUACCCUAGACCUCCAGGGCGAUAUACUAUGCAGAGACCUCACCCACACCUUAUGGAGGCGCUUCAGCGGCCCCAGCAGUUGCCCCUCUCCCCUGUUCAGAUGCGUAUGUCCAUGUACCCUCGUUCUGGUGGCCACUUUCAAAGCAUGAUGAUUCAGCAGAGCGGCUUUGCAUCUGAAAACUUCCUACACCCAGGGCAACAGGUGAUGACUGCACCAGGCAGCGCAGGCCGCAAACAUGUGACAUGUGUUGCGUCGUCAGAGCAUGAUGAACAGAAACUAAAGGAAGAGGUUGACAUGCUGACCCAACUGACUUAGGCUACAAAGGGCGAAAUUUACAGUACACGCCAACUUGCUCAUUUUUGUUAACUUGGCAUGUAGUUUUGGUUGGACUUUUCAGAAAAAAUCCGAGUACUAAAUUCUACUUAGGCCUUGUGAACAAGAGUCUUCAGGUUGUGGUUCUUUUGAGAGUCGUGUCCCAACAUAAACUUGGAUCUUCCAGUCAAGUGUCUUUUACCACAAGGCCACAAUGCCUUUGAGAACCAUUGAGACCCUUCUGAGACUGCCCUUUCCACUGUGAUGAUCAGAGCAGGAAUGGAUGAACUGAAGACAGGGGCAAGCCUUUUCAUAAUGGUGCUGUUAUCUACUGACCCGUAUUGUUAAACCUCAGGUACUAUAUAAAGAAAGACAAGAGGGUACAGUGGGACUGUCACUUUGACUCAAGACAACUUCUAGGUCCAGUUGUCUUGGUUGCUUUUGUGAAUGUAUGAGCGAAUGUUUAGAUGAUAAGCACAUUAGCUGUGAAUGAGAGGGGAAAACUAUUGUAAUUAUUUCCUCCCAUUUCCUGUCUUAUUUCCCUCUGGAUUGAGGUUUGUUAGUCCAGAAGAAAAUACUCUAUAGUAGUACCUGGCACUGUUUGUAUUGGGAUUGUACCUGGCUUUUUUCAGACUAAACCUCCUGAAACUGAGUGGCCUUGGAUAGUCUUUGGUUUUCUUCGAUCUGUGUUCAUAUAUAUGAAUGAAUAGAUAUAAAUAAAUCUAUUAGCAAGCCCCUUCUGUGAAGAGACUGGUAACAUUUUGAUGCUGUGUCCUGCUUGCUGUUACCGAUUAAGAGCUGAUCCAAAACUGAUACAUUCCACCAGUUCUUGGUGUGUUCAUUCACAGCCUUGUCCCCUUGCCUUUGCUCUUCUCAGGGAUUACACUUUAUACGGGUAUUUUUCUGCACUGUUUUGACGGAGGUGCAACAAAACGAGCUUCACUCGUAAAAACCCCGUUUUUGUUAAGUUGCUAUGAUUGAGCCUAAAUUUCUCAUUUCUCAUUGCAGUUUAUAUAACUGGCUUUAUUCAUUUUUUUUUAAACUUCAGUCACCACCACCACCAUCUCAAAAUGUGCUUAAAACACAAUGUUUGGCAGAAAAUAAGUCUCCCUCAUUGAGCCAAUGUGAUGAUUCUACAGGGUCCUGUGAGUCCAUCUUUAUUUUAGUGUUACCAACCUUCGCAUCUUUUGUAAAAGUUGUCAUACCGUGCCAAAUAAUGAUGCUAUCAAUUCCAUUCAUGACACAAAAUUGUCACUAUGCUUCAUCAUCUUCUUUUCCUUACGGCUUGUUCCGAUUAGGGGUCGCCACAGUGUCAUGUUUUUUCAUCUAAGCCUAUCUCGUGCAUCUUCCUCUCUUAACACCCACUGUCCUCAUGUCCACCCUCAUAACAUCCAUCAACCUUUUCUUUGGUCUUUCUCUCGCUCUGUUGCCUGGCAGCUCCAUCCUCAGCCCCCUUCGACCAACAUACUCACUCUCUCGCCUCUAAACAUGUCCAAACCAUCUAGGUCUGCUCUCUCUAACUUUGUCUCCAAAACAUCCAACUUUGGCUGUCCCUCUAAUGAGCUCGUUUCUAAUACUAUCCAACCUGUUCACUCCAAGCGAGAACCUCAACAUCUUCAUUUCUGCUACCUCCAGUUCUGCUUCCUACUGUUUCUUCAGUGCCACCGUCUCUAAUCCGUACAUCAUGGUCGGCGUCACUACUGUUUUAUAAACUUUGCCCUUCAUCCUCACGGAGACUCUGCUGUUGCAUAGAACACCACACACCUUCCGCCAACUGUUCUACCCCGCUUGGACCCGUUUCUUCACUUCUUUACGACACUCUCGAUUGCUCUGUAUUGUUGACCCCAAGUAUUUGAAGUCAUCCACCUCCGCUAUCUCUUCUCCCUGUAGCCUCACUCUUCCCCCUCAAUGCCUCUCAUUCACGCACACAUUCUGUUUUACUUCGGCUAAUCUUCAUUCCUCUCCUUUCCAGUGCGUACCUCCAUCUUUCUAAUUGUUCCUCCGCUUGCUCCCUGCUUUGACUGCAUAUCACAAUAUCAUCUGCGAACAUCAUGGUCCAAGGGUAUACCAGUCUAACCUCGUCUGUCAGCCUAUCCAUUACUACCGCAAACAGGAAAGGGCUCUGUGUGGAUCCCUAAUGCAGGUCCAUCUCCACCUUAAAUUCUUCUGACACACCUACGGCACAUCUCAUCGCUGUUCUGCUGCCCUCAUACAUGUCCUGCACUAUUCUAACAUAUUUCUCCACCACACCAGACUCGCGCAUGCAAAAGCACACUUCCUCUCUUGGUUCUCUUGGUACUCUGUCAUAGGCUUUCUCUAGGUCUACGAAAACACAAUGUAGCUCCUUCUGACCUUCUCUGUUCUUUUCCACGAGCAUCCUCGAAGCAAAUAAUGCAUCUGUGGUACUCUUUCUUGGCAUGAAACCAUACUGUUGCUCGCAGAUACUUACUUCUGUCCUGAGUCUAAACUCCACUACUCUUUCCCAAAACUUAAUCGUGUGGCUCAUCAUCUUUAUUCCUCUAUAGUUUCCACAGCUCUGAACAUCACCUUUGUUCUUGAAAAUGGGGACUACCACACUUUCCUUCCAUUCUUUUGGCAUCUUUUCUCCUGCUAGUAUUCUAUUGAAUAAGUUAGUCGCAAACUGCACAGCCACCUCACCAAAUUGCUUCCAUACCUCCACUGGUAUGUCAUCGGGACCAACUGUCUUUCCAUUUUUCAUCCUGUUCAGUGCCUUUCUAACUUCCCCCUUACUAAUCAUUGCCACUUACUGGUCAUUCGCGCUUGCCCUUUCAAGUCUAAACAAACUAAAUUACUGCUUUACCUCAACACUAUGUGAUUGUGCAUCGUGUUGGUGUAUCGCUUUUCCUUCCUAAGCACAUUCCUAGUAUACGUUUGACAUAGUUUGGCAAGAUUACAUCUACAUACAUAGCAGUAGCGACCCAAGUUUUUUAUAUUUAUUAUCAACAUCUUAAAGGAAUAAUGACUUAAUAUUCUAUUAAAAGUGAACUGUCUCCCUGUGGUGAAUCUAAUGGGGUGUUGGCUCUGAGGUAGUUUCUUCCCUUGUCAUCUAAUCUGUAAACGAGUGUUUUCCAAGACUAUUUGAGGUUGUGGGUGGUGUCUUGCAGUGCAUAGAUGUGGGUGAGUGGUUUUGUGUGCCCGCGUUUCUGUUGUGCAAAAUUGACGUCAGAUAUCUGCAAGUGUGCGUGAGCCCGUGCGCACAAGUCCAUCAUGAGUUAAAAAAAAAAAAAAAUUAGAUAUGAACUAUAUUUAUUUGCUAUUUUACGAAUGUUUGUACAUUUUUGUGCUUGUUAAUAUAAAUAUGCUGUGUGUCUUUUUUUAAUUGUGUGCGUGCAUGUUCUUAACCUGGGGUUGGCAUUGGAAAAGAACUGUUCUAAUUUUAAGUGGUGUUUACAAGUUUUUUUUUUU